GCCACUUCCGCCGUGGCGCGCCAAGUGGGGGCGGAGGCGGCUGGCUUGGCCUGUCGGUUACCGGCGGCGCAGCUGGGGGUCGGCACCUGAGGGAAGGUCCCCAGCACCACCGCCCCCUAUGGGGGUGAGCGGGCCCGCGCUGUUACCGCCCAGAUCAAGUCGCAGGAGAUUUACCAACAGCAUGAAUCAAGAAAAGUUAGCCAAACUUCAGGCUCAGGUCCGGAUAGGGGGCAAGGGUACAGCUCGUAGAAAGAAGAAGGUGGUACAUAGAACAGCUACAGCUGAUGACAAAAAGCUUCAGAGUUCUCUUAAAAAACUGGCUGUGAAUAACAUAGCUGGUAUUGAAGAGGUGAACAUGAUUAAAGAUGAUGGAACGGUUAUUCAUUUCAACAAUCCCAAGGUCCAAGCUUCCCUGUCUGCUAACACCUUUGCAAUUACUGGCCAUGCAGAAGCCAAACCAAUCACAGAAAUGCUUCCUGGAAUAUUAAGUCAGCUUGGUGCUGACAGCCUAACAAGUCUUAGGAAGUUAGCUGAACAGUUCCCGAGGCAAGUGUUGGAUAGCAAAACGCCAAAACCAGAAGACAUUGAUGAGGAGGAUGAUGAUGUUCCAGAUCUCGUAGAAAAUUUUGAUGAGGCAUCAAAGAAUGAAGCUAACUAAAAUCUUUUCUGGUUUUUGGAAGCUGGCAUGGACUAGACUUAACAAAUCAGCUAUGUGGUUCCAAAGUUUUACAGACACGGAGAACAUCACCUGUUACUAGUUCAGUAAUAUAAAUAUUUUGUAUAUUAAUAAUGCUGUUUGGUUCAGCAUUUUUCGGUCAUUUGAUUUUGCAUUUUGCACUUCCUCCCAGGAUCUAAUCUUUUGGUUAAAAUGAGAAGUACCGGUGCGGUUUGAGGGUGUUUUUGAUUUUUUGAUUCUUUGUUUUUUGUUGGGGAAUUUUUGGUGCGUGUAUGUGUAUGUAUGCGUGUGGGUAUGUGUGUGUAUACGGUGGAGAGCAAAUUGGAAAACAGUUCUAUUUAUCCUUCCCCUUUCCCCAGUAGAAAUAAAGCAACUCUUUACAUCUGUUACUUUUUUUUUUUUUCCAAUAAUGCACAGAGAUACUAAAAAGUAAGUAUCUUGGAUUUCAAAUCAGAAGAGAUUUUACUAUUGGCGGUUGGGUUUUAAUUUGCUUUGUUAACUGUCAUAUUUUUUAUACAUUUCCCUGGGUUUAAGAUGUCUUGAGAUAUUUGACUACCCACUUCAUGCUGGAGUAAUUGGGUAGCAUAUUCUUUGGUACAGUUACCUUAGAUUCACUCACCUAGUCAGACCCAGAAGAGUUUCUUUUACUAGCUUUUUCUUUUCUUCCUAAUUCCCUUUUUCCUCACCUUUGGGUCUCAAAAUGGCCUGGUCAGCCUCUGUUUAUGCUCUUCCUCAUCUUCCACUUAGUCUGAGAAGGAUGUUCUCCAUACAGAGUUAAGUGAGUGCCUAAUCCCUCUCUUUUUAAGAUUUUCUUCCCUCAUCCUGAGGGACAACAGCUUCAUCCUCAACUUUUCAUUUUCCCUUGAUUUUACAGUUUGGUAAAUUUCAAACUGGAAUGGCUAGCAUGUGCUUGCUAAAUAAUUUUAUGUCGGCCUUACCCUAUAUCCUAGCUGUUCUUAAUAGCAAAUGUAAACAUGUCUUUUUCAGCAAGGUUGAAAUUGGAAAUGUCCUCUUGAAUCAGAAAAAAAUUGGCCAUAUACUCAUCUUCUAGUACAAGACAGGCAUUCUGUAAAAUGGUAUUCGCCCCAGGAGGAGUUCUUCACCCACUCUCCUAUUCUUGGCCUUGGACCUACCUCUGGGUUGGAUCUUACUAUUGUAGCUGCUCACAGCACCCCUCCUGCAUGCUUAGGGUAAUGCUUUGGGGGUACACUGAGAAAACACAGUAUUUAUUUUUUCACCUCCUUUCAGAGGACAUGGAGGUAAGUUGCAUUCAUUCACUCAAGUUUCCCUCUUGCUGUCUGAUGGUAAAAGCUUGCAUUUUGCUAUAUCAGCAUUUGUUAUAGCCAGUAGUGAAACGUUAAGACCAAACUAUAACUUGCAUCAUCAAGCUAUAACUUAACCAUGCAGCAUACCAACUUUUGUUUCAAGCUAGAUAUCUUUAUUUGAUAUCUAAAGUGCAAGACUAACAACGUAUCAAGAGAUCUUUAGACACAAAGGCAAAGCUCUUCUGUAUUUUUUUUUCCAUCAAAACGCUCAAUUUAUUUUAUAAAUUUGUUCAUUUUUCCUGUUAUGUUUUAUAUAAUAUAUGGACUUAACUACAAAAUAAAAUAACAGUACAAAAGAGGAUUAUAUCUCCUCUUGUGCUUCUCAUUGGUGUCUUUGAAAUUUCCUUCUUUUGUAUUUCCCCUCUACUCCCCAUCCUAAAAUGAAUUUUAGUAUAGUCAUCAUUUGAAAUAAUGUCUCGUCCAUGGUCCGGUCAGUAACUGCAUGCUUUACACAGCUCAGAAUUCUGUUCCUCUGACUAUCCACACAGGGCAUGUUGUAGAGCAGAAAGAGUUACGGAGCAUACCUCAAGUGGUUAGGGACAUAGAAAAGGUGAGUAGCAUAGCAAAUGAAAAAAGAGCACUCACCAUGGAAUCAAAAGUCUGAGUUCUAGUCCAAGCUCUGGCAUUAAUUAUGUGACCUUGAGCAGGUCAUCUAACUACUCUGAGAUUCAUCAUCAGUCAAAUAAGACAUUCUAAAUUAAAAUUCCUUCCACUUCUGCAGUUCUGUGAACCUCAUUUCUCAACUCUUGAGGUGAUUUUAUCAUCCUUUAAGAUAUCCUUGCCUUUAUCAGUAUCCGUAAAACUUUUUGUUUUUUAUACUAUUGUUCCUCUUUUUCCCUUUGGAUCACAUUUUAGCUAUUUACCCAAACAAGCUCUGGUCAACAUUCCUUUCUGUACUGCUGACAACAACUCUUAAUGGCUAGCUUCUCUUGUGUGCAAUGAGCCAAUAUUCUAUUUGUUUUGUUUUUUCAUACCUUCCUCUUUCCUGGACAAAGCAUAUUGAGAUCCUUACCCAACCCAAAGAAAUGUUUCUGCCUUCAGAGUGGGUAGGGUAAGGGUAAAAGUAAUAAUAAAAAAAAAAAGUAAGAA